GCGAUGGGGCUGCAGCACAAUGCCCUGAAUAUUCCAAAAGUCGCACUAAAUAUGUAAUAGCCGAGUAAAUAAGUGAUGAGUGUAUUUUAUGACAGCUUUACAACUCCUUCACUGCGCAAGGUCUCUGCGCUUUGGGUGAACGCCUAACAGUGCCAUAAAAUAGGACAGGGGUGAUAACUUGGUUGCCUGGAUAGAGCUCGUGCUCUUCGAAUUCUUUACAUAACAUUAGCGAAACCAGUGCCUGCGCUCGUCUAAUCAAAAUAACUAAUUGAAACGUAAACAUUAAUCAAACCGUCGAGUUCAAUCAAAAAUCGCACAGACGUCAGCCCGCCUCACCUCGAUGGAAAACCGUGUGUGGAAUGUAGCACCCAAACACUGAAUGCCAAACUAUUAUGAGUGAGCUGCAGUCGACGAUAGAAUUUUCCGUGGAAUUGUACAAGUUUUACAAUGUCGAUUUAUUUCAAAGAGGAAUGUACCAAGUCCGCUGCUCCCUGCGCGUCUCCUCCAAGCUAAGCGUCGAAGUCGAAGUGACCACCCCCGAAGUGAGCGCCGGCCUGGGCACGGCCAUCGUCCUCGGCAACUACGGCGCCUGCCGUCCCUUCCAGAUCUUGUACCGGAACGAAGAGGUGUCCCUCAAGGAUGUGGUACUGUUCAGGUGCCACAUGCUGGUCGACGGAAAUAACCUGAAGGAGUCGCUGGACCGCGCCGAGUUCUCGUUGGUCCUGGAGCUGUGGUUCAGCGACACCUCGCCAGUGUCCAUGGUGAUGGUGUCCUCCAGGACGCUGCAGCUCAACAUGUCGCCGGCGGAAGGCCUGCACUACCACCUGCCCGUUCUGUUCGAUUACUUCCACCUCUCGGCCAUCUCGCUGACGAUACACGCGGUGUUGACGGCGGUGCACCAGCCAUCGAUGAAACGAGGAAUCCUCCGAUACAUGCAAAGCUGUGCUCCUAAAUCCUCGAAAUCAUGGAGUAAAAUUCGUUCGGCACAUUGUUCUUCAUUAACGGAUCCCGUCCUUCCAGUGAGUAGUCAUAAGAUUUAUAGCAAAAUUAACGAAUCUCCACAAAUACAUUUAGAAGCACGUGAUGUUCUAUUAGAUGCUAGCAAUAACUUAAAAACUACUAUUAAAGAAUAUAAGAUAUUAUUUAUGCAGAGAGAAGAAACUUUAUCUGAAAAUUACGAUACUUUAAUACUGAAGACGCAUAGAUACGAUUCCAAAAAAUCUCUCAAAAAACAGGUACCUCUAGCACAGAACAGUUUGUGUUUAGCAGAGUUGUGUGCUGAUAAUAUAAGACUGUGGAAUUAUUUCCUGUUGAAUUUUAGCUGUAAAUCUACUGUACAGCAGUAUUUGAGCAAAAAGCAUCACAACUUGAGGGUGGGCAGGUUUGCCGAGCUGUUUUUUCUCGUAUACAACCCCAGAAGAGCGGCGAUUGGGUGUUUUGAUACCAAUUAUCAAAAUUAUCUUCUGGUGGCCGAAAUCGCCAAAAGGUCCAAGUAUAUGCAGAGCUUGCCCCCUCUACCGGUGCACUGUGCAGCCCUAGAUGGCGACAACACGACGAUGCCCAUAAUUUUCGAAGACCAGUACCAGGAUCCUUUCGAAUUCGAAAAAAGAAAAUGCGACGAUCUACUGCCUAAAAAGGAUUCCACUCCUCUGUUCAAGCGAUCAAAAACCGACUCUCAGUGUUCCUGCGGCAUCGACAACAUCUGGGAGCUGCGCAAAUCCUCCGAGAAGACCCUCGUCAGCGCGGACCUCUUCUACGACGAUCCCGUAAACUCUAUCCCCGCUAGACAUAGUAAAUCCCUAGAUCAACUACAAAUGUGUUCAAGAAAUAGCAUACACUACUCGUUAGGUAACAUAUUCGGCCAAAACGACUAUUACUCGAAGGACCACCACGACAAAGCGAACUUUUAUAAGCACGAAUCGAAACUGAAGAACGUAGCCAGCGAGCACAACAUGGGCAACCAGAAGAUGUACGUCUUCGACGAGCGAAGACCCGACUACGAGGUGUGCAACUGUAGCUACGGCUACCGGAAAUCGCGCCCCAAACCCGCCGUAGUCGACACGUCCAUAGAUAUAAACCAAGUAGAAGUCGAUAUUCUAGAUAAGAAGUACAAGCAGUUCAAUAUCAAGAACGCGGCGAAGCAGAAGUGCCAGAAGAUCGUCAAGUCGCUGAGCCACACCUCCACGGACAGCAUCCAGAACAUCUUCCGGUCGAACUCCAUGCAGAGCUUCUCGCCGAAGAAGAAAGUCGCCGAAGCCAACAAGUUCAACUCGCUGGUGACCAAGAAGCAGAGGCUGGAAGUCAACGGCUCGGCGCAGCCUUCAGUAUUAGAAAGUACAAAAACGUACAAUCAAAAGGGCAAAUCAAAGACGAGGCGCUGCCAAAACGGCAAAAACUUCGAGAUAGGCUCGAGCAGCUCGACGGACAGCCUGUCUUUGAAGAAGCAAACAGGGUUAAAUAGCGAAGCUUUACUUAGCGUAGUGGGCAUUAGGAAGGUCCGGAGUACUUCGUGUCUGGGGGAGAACGCGUGUCCUUUGGUGCUCUCGGGCACGGAAUCACUGCCCAAUAUCACGCCUGCGGUGGAGAGGACGCACUACCCGGAGCUGAAGUACUACAGUAGUUCUUCGUCGUCCUCCACGAGCGAACAGAGUGGAUGGAUCACCUCCAGGAGUAGUUCCGUGGCGUCCAGUACGGAUGUGGGGAAUCCCGUGACGAGCACGCUGCUGACCAAUAUCGAGAAUAUACAGAGGAAGAUCCUGAAUCUGCCUACGGAGACCAGGAGAAGCAAUAGGAGAGAGAGAAAGAGCGGGAAGAACAAGUUCGAGAUCUCCACGAACGGGCAUUACCGGAAAAGCACGAAGUACGAGCGGGAUUUUACCUUAAAUAAUAAAGGCUGUGAAUUUAAUCAAAGUAAUAUUUGCGACGACAUCGCGUUACCUCCCCCGAAACAAUUUAGAGAUUUAGAUUCGCCCAGCAGUUCGGUCACAAAUGGCACAAACGAAGACGAAAUCAACGCCGUCGACAACAUCCUCUACCACGUGGUCGACACCCAGACCACGCUCGAGAGGAAACCCAUCCUCCUGGACGAGCAAAAGACAACGAAACACUCCCAAGACUACACCUUCUACAGAGGAUCGAAAUCCGAAUCGGAGAAAGCGUUUCUCCGCGCCAAAAAUGAGUUCAAAAGUCAAUUAAAUUUUCCCGGGAUCUUGUAUUCCGACAUUUCGUCGUUCGCCUCGACGAUUCCGUAUUUUCACAUAAGCGACGAGUUUCGAAUAUUCUCGCCUGAGGGAAUGCAUUUGAUUGUGUGCGUGCACGGCCUAGACGGGAACUCGGCCGACUUGAGGCUGGUCAAGACGUAUCUGGAGUUGGGGCUUCCGGGGGCAUAUCUCGAUUUUCUUAUGUCCGAGAGGAACCAGGGGGAUACUUUCAGCGAUUUUGAUACCAUGACUGACAGACUGGUCAGCGAAAUCCUGCAUUAUUUAGAUACGAGUAGCAUCCGACCCACGAGGAUCAGCUUCGUGGGUCAUUCCCUAGGUAAUGUAAUCAUUAGAUCUGCCUUAACGCGGCCCCAGAUGAAAUUUCUACUACCAAGACUGCAUACUUUCUUAUCACUCUCUGGACCACAUCUGGGAACUUUAUACAACAGUAGCGGAUUAGUUAAUAUGGGUAUGUGGUUUAUGCAAAAAUGGAAAAAAUCAGGGUCUCUCCUCCAGCUCUGUUUGAAGGAUUCGAACGAUGCUAGGCAAUCCUUUUUGUAUAGACUGAGUCAGAAAAGCAACUUACAGCAUUUCAGAAACGUACUUCUGUGUGGAUCGGGACAAGACAGAUACGUUCCGCUGCACUCGGCCCGCAUCGAGCUCUGCAAAGAAUCAAUCAAAGACACUUCCGAUCAGGGUGCCAUCUACCGCGAAAUGGUCCACAACAUAAUCUCCCCGAUAAUUGCUCAGAAAGAAGUGAAUCUCGUACGAUACGACAUCCAUCAUGCCUUACCAAACACGGCUAAUGCUUUAAUUGGUAGAGCAGCGCACAUAGCUGUUUUGGACUCGGAACUUUUUAUUGAGAAAUUCAUGGCUGUAGUUGGAAUUAAAUAUUUCCGUUGAUCUAUUCUAUUUAUU